GCGGGAGCCAGGCCUCCCCGCUGUAAACAAACACCACAAAUGGCGGCCAAGGAAGCCAAGCCAAACGAUCUCCUCAAGAACGAUGCUGAUGCAGCCGGCGCAGACAAGGAGAACGAGCCUCUCUUGGUAGCUGAUGGCGAGAAGAAGAGGGAGGAACGUGAAGAUGGGAAGAACGAGGGCGAUGACAUCAAACUUAACAUUGGGGAGCAAUAUAUGGUUCGCCGCGCUGACGAUACUUGGCAAGCAGCCGAGAUCAUCCAGAGACGAUACAAUGAUGUCGAGAUGCAGGAUGAGUAUUACGUGCACUAUGAUGGCCUUAAUCGCCGACUGGAUGAAUGGGUCACUAAAGAGAGAAUUGACCUGUCAGAAUUGUAUCAACGAGGAGACAAAACACUUACAGGGAAUGAUCUCCUCAGUGACCAAACAGCAGGCCGCAAGAUUACAAGAAAUCAAAAACGAAAGCAUGAUGAAAUUAACCAUGUCCAAAAAACAUAUGCAGAUAUGGAUCCAACUACUGCUGCUUUAGAGAAGGAACAUGAAGCUAUCACAAAAGUAAAAUAUAUUGAUAGAGUACAGAUUGGCCGAUUUGAAAUUGAUACCUGGUACUUCAGCCCGUACCCGGAAGAAUAUGGCAAGGUCCCUAAGUUAUACAUUUGCCAAUAUUGCCUGAAGUACAUGAGACUGGAGAAAACAUACAGAUAUCAUUUGAGUGAAUGUACUUGGAGGCAGCCUCCCGGCCGGGAUAUUUACCGCAAAGGUACACUUAGCAUCUAUGAAGUGGACGGUGCUGACCACAAGAUUUACUGUCAGAACUUAUGUCUAUUAGCCAAAUUGUUUCUUGAUCAUAAAACCUUAUAUUUUGAUGUGGAGCCGUUCUUGUUUUAUAUUCUGUGCGAGGUGGACAAGCAAGGUGCUCAUUUAGUUGGAUAUUUUUCAAAGGAGAAAGAGUCCCCUGAUGGUAAUAAUGUAGCAUGCAUCAUGACCCUGCCACCAUUCCAAAGAAAAGGUUAUGGAAAACUUCUCAUAGCAUUCAGUUACGAAUUAAGCAAGUUGGAAGGUGUUGUAGGCAGCCCUGAGAAGCCAUUGUCAGAUCUUGGGAAGCUCUCGUACAGAUCAUAUUGGACUUGGGUGUUACUAGAAAUUCUCAGAGACUUCAAGGGUACUCUUUCCAUCAAGGACCUCAGUCAGAUGACAAGUAUCACGCAACAAGACAUAAUAUCAACACUGCAGAAUAUCAACUUGGUUAAGUACUGGAAAGGUCAACACGUAAUAUGCGUGACACCAAAAUUAGUGGAAGAAUAUAUUAACUCGGCACAGUUCAAGCGGCCGAGACUAACAGUUGACUCAUCAUUGUUAAGAUGGUCUCCUCCUAAAAGGCAGCAUAGCCAGAAGAGAAAGUGAAGUCAUCUUCAUAUAUACUGCCCUUACUGGAAACUGGUGAUGUUAUAGAUGGAUUAUAAGUUACUGUGUGCUUAUUCAUAUGUUGCAUACACAGUAUAUAUAUGUACAUAUGUACAGUAUAUUAGUAUAUUUUGGUAGCAGUUUUUCUUGAAGACACAUGUUAUUGAAUAUGACCAAAAGGGUCAUAUUCAGUUCUGUUUCUAGCAUGAUCUGAUCAGUAAUUCUAGCAUGAAACGUCUCUAUAUUUCUUAUGUUUCCUUCACUUGGGAAAGAAGUUGAAUCUUAGCUAUCCCUAGUUUAUUUUACGGUUUGACUUGGAUGGCUUGUUUUGUUGAAGCUCUCUUUUUUUUCAGAGGCAGUGUAUACAUAGUGACUGGGGGGGGUACCAAGUGAAAUGCCAUGAAAGACUAAUGCUGUUUUAUGCAAUUACAUACCCACUUGGGAACUGUCAGCCCCAUUGAUCUCACUAUAUAGGCAAGACAGCAACAUAUAUUUCAAUAUCCCUGCCCCCCCCAAAAAAAAAUCCCUACAAAAAAAAAUAUCUUUCAAGGGAUCUGACUUGUAUACAAACAACAAGGAUAUCAAAGAUCACUACAUACAUCCAGACCAUCACCAGAGAUAUCCUGACCAACACGACAGAAAAAUUGACCAUGACAAAAAAAUUUGACAUGGCUGAGGUACUGCAUAUCAAACACUCAUUCAAUUAUUGACAGUACGCUUACUCCUGGACACACCUUGCCUUCCUGUAGACCAAGUAAGAAAUUGCUCAAUAACAGCCCAAUUCAAAGUUGGAGAAAUUGUUGGAGAAUGUGCAAAGACCUUUUACUGUUAGAAUCCACUCAAUAAAACAUCUAAAUUAUUAUGACCAUUUGAGAUUUUUAAAUCUGCAUUUCCUAGAGUGCAGGUAGGAGAGAGAGAAUAAUUUAAACUUUGGAAAUAUUAGAGGAUUGGUUCCAAAUCUGCACCUGGAAAUAACAACACAUGAGACUUGAAAGCAUAGCAGGAAGUGCAAAAUAGGCCAAAAUUAAAAAAUAGGUCCAAGACUUCUUAAUUAACUGCAAAGUAAGGUAACCACACUUCCUCAGCUGAGAGCGACUGUGCAGCCCCUUCACAUCAUCUCAUCGUACUUGGUGUACAUAAUUUUACCCCCAGCCACUAUACAUACACUCCCUCUGUAGAAGUCUGGGAGCUUCAAUUAAAUAUGCCCCUCAGUGGCAUGUGCCAAGCCAUAUAAAAACUGUCAAAUAAACUUAUGAUGGAAGUUGCAAAUUUAACUCACCAAAGUGAAGAACAUAAUAAAUUUGACAGAGGACUCAUACUUGAAUUAAUGAUGUUAAAAUAAAUAAAUAAUAAAUAAAUAUAUAUGUAUACUUAUAUAUAUUCAGGGGUACCACCUCUGGUGCAAUUGUAGGGACCCACAUCCUCGAAGAAGCAAAUAAAGAGUAUUCAGAGAAGGCC